UUUUUUCAAAUAUUUGAACGAGCCAAUGGGAGAAGAGUGGCGUUGCCCCGGCAAUUUCAAAACAGACCACGAAAUAGAUGAAGUCGGUUUGUUUAUGUUAGCUCGCUAGCAAACCAUAACUUGUAUUCCACUAAAAUAACAUGUCUCAAGUGACUAGAUUACAAAUAGCAAUGGACGCGGAAGAAAUUGUUGCCCAACUUAACAGAAAAGAAUUGCGCAAGCAGCAGUUGAUAGAGUACUUAGCAGCAAAAGGAAGACUGAAGCCACCAAACCCAAAACCUUAUCUUCGAGAUGCCGUUAAAGCAAAGCAGAUCACCGUGUCUACCGUGAAGGAUGAUCUGGACCCGGGAAAAGAGAACCGGGGUCCAAAUGCUCUCAAGAUGAAAAAGAGAGUGGUGAAGGUUCAACCUCUGAUGGCCAACGCCGUUUCCCAAACCACAGGCACCUUCUGCAGUACCACCAACAAACAGAGCUCCGCCAACGGUCUCCUCUCUGCAGCAUCGAGUACCGCACGUCUCAACGUGCUCAGAGGCAUUACAAAGCCUUCUGCGGUUGCCCCAAGUCACUCAACCAGCCUGAAGAUGGCUCCAGCCAGAUCACAAUCCACUGUCCCUACCAAAAGAUGCCCAGGCACCACCAACCAACCCAGAACCCAGCCUAAUCCAGCUGUUAAAGUCGGCAACACACGCCCUAGCUCAGCCAUACCCCUGGCAAACGCUGGUAGAACACAUUCAGCCAACACAACCAGACCAAAGUCAAAUAAUACUGGGAAACCCGCUAACACUCUCCACACAGCCGGCACGCGGCCCAGCACAGCCGGCACGCGGCCCAGCACAGCCGGCACGCGGCCCAGCACAGCCGGCACGCGGCCCAGCACAGCCGGCACGCGGCCCAACACAGCCGGCACGCGGCCCAACACAGCCGGCACGCGGCCCAACACAGCCGGCACGCGGCCCAACACCGGUAGUGCCAGAAUGAGUCCGAGCAUAAUGGUUAAAACCAAGACACGUCUUGUGUCUGUCCAGGUGCAGCCUAGAAGCACCACCGUCGCUGCUCCAGCAUCAGUCUCCUUCACCCCCUUGGUCUUGAACAGAGCAUGCCCAAGCACCAGCCCAGUCCCAGCUGUGACCCAAAAGCCACCAGUUACUACUCAGAGGAGAACGAAUCCCUUCACUGGCGUGAGUGAGACUAACCAGAGGACAACUGCCUUGGCUGCGGACAAUGGGCAAAGGAGGAGCCAAGCUGUGAGCAGGACUGAUUCCAAACCACUCCCAGAGAGAUCCAGUAAACCAGCAGGGCAGAAACAACCUGUCACUGGACCUAAACCCAUCAUCCAAGGCCCUACUGGUCCUGGGCACAAGACUGCAGCUACGAAGCCAGGUGAUAUUCAGAGGGCUGCAUCACAGCACAGGGCCGAGGCUGGAGGAGCAGGAGCCAGCACUCGGAUAUGGAAGGCUGCCUCUCGAGCCUCCACCGGGAUAACAGGAAGCCAAUGGCAGAACACGGCUCUGAGUAGGGCCAUGCAUGCAGCUGUGGCUGCGAUGGGACAGAAAAGCAGCGCCGAGGAAAACCGAGACAUGGAGAACGGGUCGGCAGACACCGACACCAAGAAUGAACCCAAUGCUCCAUCGCCCUCAUCAACAUCUCCGGCAUGUUGGCCUAGGCCUCACAGCAGCACAGCAAGUGGUGUGUGGAUCCCCCAGACGGUGCCUCGCUCUGCCAAAAAGUCCAGCCAUGGCCAGGAGGAGGUGGGGUGGGAGGCUGGUGUUGGCCUUAAGACACCCAGAGACCAGGCCAGGGUCGUGCCCAAGACCGAGGGCCGCAGGAAGAUGACAGCUGCCCAGGAAGAGAGAAUGCAGAAGCUGCAGGAAUGGCGUGAGCACAGGGGCAUCUCCUACAAGCGUCCCCCCAUGCCGGUGAGGCCUCCUCGGGUGCGGCGCACCUUGGCCCUUCCUCAGGCUUACUGGGACGGUAUGGAGGACGAAGUUGAGGCCAGGUCUCUGGUUGAAGCUGUGGACCGGUGCCUGGCUGACUGCAUCAAACUGCUGAAUGAGGGCUGCCAGUCCUCCCAGGUGCAGGAGAUGCUGUCCACUGUGCCCAUGGCCGAGAAGUUCUCCAAGUACUGGAUCUGCCAGGCCCGUCUGAUGGAGCGCCAGGGCAACCUGGAGGUGCUGCCGCUGUUUGAAGAGGCUGUACGAGUGGUGUUAGAGCCAGUAGAUGAGCUGCGGACUGUUGUGUUUGAGAUGCUGAAAAAGAAGGAAGAGGCACAAGGUCAGUCUCCCGUAACAUCGGCGCAGGAGCCUGUAAGAGAGCAGGAUGACAUUAUGGAGCUUCACUCUACACCAGACCCCAUGGCCACACCCACAGCCGUCAAAGCCCUGAUCCGUGGUGACCGAGGAGGCUCGUCUAUGGUCAAGUACAAGAUCACCGCCACUCCAGGUGGUUUCAGGAGCCAGAAGAGGGAGUCGGCGGUGGCCCGCGUGUUGGACGGACAGGAGCUGAGAUUCUUCACGCCCGUCAGGCGUUCAGUGAGGAUCGAGAGGUCCGCGCUCUUCUACCCCGCCUCCCUGCAGGAGCACGACCUAUGUGUGGCCUCCUUCAAUGACCUGAUGGCCCAGCAGGAUGAGAGAGAAGGGGAGGGAGACAAAGAGGGGGGAGGCAGCGCCGGGCCCGUCCCAAACGGUCAUCUGUACGUGUACAGAGAGAACGGUGCGCUGAGAGACAAGGUCAACAUCCAGCUGGUCUACGCUGAGGAAGAAGACUAACGGGAUGUGUCCAAGUAGCGUAAAGUGGCUUCCUCUCCUGCUUUAGCCUGAUCUACCAGUACAGGAAUAGGGAGGUGCUGGAUAUGAUGCCCACUCACCAUCUGGGAAUGUAGCUUACACCUGUCCUGUUGAAUGUCCUUCAGUGCAUGGUCACAUUCCUUAGUGGCGAGCUGUAGUAAAACAACCAGUUCUGAAAGACACCUGGGGCGUGAGUUUGUCAAUCUAAACUUUUGUGUACAGAAUCGUGCAGGAAGAGCCUGUCGAUCCAUCUGUCUGGGGUCAUGCAUAGAUAGAUGGGUUUCCAACUCGACAGUUACUCAUUUGUACGUCAAACCAAAAGCAUCCAUUGACUUUUUAGAUGGACUUUUGUUUUUUAAUGCAAACUGUGGUAAGGUUUUUUUUAAAGAUUGUACAUACAGUUGAAGUGGGAAGUUUCCUUAAGUGUAAGUUGGAGUCAUUAAAACUAGUUUUUCAACCACUCCACACAUUUCUUGUUAACAAACUAUAGUUUGUACUUUGUA